AUGACCUUUGUCGAGAAUUUCCCCGAAGGCUUUUUCUUUAUACGAUGCAAAGAAGCACCCAUGGCAGUGGAUGUCCAUGGUGGUGGCAUGACGAACGACGCAACUAUCAUUAUUUGGCAACAGAAAAUGGUUGACAGCAUCAACCAACUAAUCAUAUGUCGCUAUCCAGUGCUGGAUAUCAAGGGAGGCGAGAUGAAAAAAGACAAGGCCAUCAUCCAAUAUGCUCGCAAGGCAGGCCUUGCAACCAACCAACGCUGGUCGUAUUUAGACGGUUACAUUUUUCCGACCGCUGCCCCGCACUUAGUACUGGAUAUUCGGAACGGGGAUGAUUACAAGGAAUCAAGCCAUCUUUUUUUAAACACCAAGAACCCAAACAGUGCAUCACAGCAGUGGGUGAUUGAGCCAUUUGAAGAUCAUCGUUCCAACCAAGAUUUGGAGUUGCUUAGGCCACCGCCAUCCAAGAAGCAUUUCGAGUUCCCUUCACCCGAGCAGCUAUGUGAUUACUAUCGUUUGGUAUACCUAGAAAAGCAAAAAGAGGUGACGGAUCAAGCCUUGGCUGGUGCUGCGGCAUUUAAGGGCCUUAAGCUGUUGGUGGUAGAGCAAAGGAAAAAAGGUGAACCUAUCAAUUCCGAUGGUGCAAGAGACAUGUUAAAGGGCAUGGUGAUUCAAGAGGCCAAGCUUCUUAUAUCCCAUUAUCGGAGCAGUGCUGUGUCCCAGCAACAGCUCGUGGAUAUUGUUCGGGGGGCUGAGCAAGCAGCAGCAAGUUACUUUUCUCGAGAAUAUGAACAACAAUAG